AAAAGUGAACUAUGGACACAUUCGUUCGGUAGACGUCAAACUACUGUAUUGCUACAGUUUCAUGGUUAGUCAGUUCUCAGACUGACACUGUUUUGAUAACACUUUGAUAACACAAUCAUGUCAGAUUCCUACCCAACUGUUGUUUGUAAGUAACACUUGAUGGAUUGCAGGUAUGAGGAUUCCCUACACUGUUCAUAAUUGAGUUGAGACGCUUCAAGACACUUAGACAUCCUGUUGAAGAUGGGCCACCGUGGAUUCUGUGGUUGCUGCUCCUUACAGGCUGGAGGAGUGUUCACAGGACUCCUUGCUUCUGUCUACAAUGGAGCAAUGAUCUACUGGUUUAUAUUAACUCUUCAAACUCUCCAUUCUAAUGAUGACUUUUUUCUUGUAUUGACAGUGGUCCUGGAAGUCUUGAUGUCCUUAGCAGCUGUACAUAUCGCUGUCAGUCUCCUACUUAUCUAUGCUAUUUUUAAGGAAAAGCCAGAUCUGGUCAUGCUUUGGAUCAUUGUGUACAUCUCAUCUUGUUUUGUUGUGGCUGGUCUCUUCACGAUUGGAGUGGCCUUCAUGUUGGACAAAGUCUUCCUAUAUAUCAUCCUCUGCAACUUUUUAUUUCUUUUUAACGUCGUAAUGACUCUUCGCCUUUAUAAAGACAUGGUUGGAAAUGGGAAGAAAGAAAAUGUUUAGCAAUGACAGAUUUUCACAAAAUAUGAAGAAUGUGAUAGAAAUGUAAUUCUUUCCAGAAGAAAUUUGAACAACUUUUUGUACAUAGAUUUGAUACUUAUAUAUAUGAUGAAUGUUAAUAUAUUUUUUAAUAAUAAACUACAUUUUAAAAUAA